UACGCUACACCACUUGUACCUCCCGACCCCAGCAUGGCCGCCGCCACCAUCCUGUAUCUAUGUUUCAUCAUUUUUCUAACUUUAACGUUUUCCUCAGCCCAAAACGACACCGUUUCAUGCCCCUUAAACUUCAACAUAUUCCGAAACCUCAUUGGUACUGACCGCCCUUCUUCACUAGACAUGCCGUGCCUGUAUACGCGCUCCAUCCUUCUGUUUGUCGAGUCCGAAUACCUCCGCCGCACCAACUCCUUUACUCCGCCGCCGGCCGCCGCGGAAUCCUGCUGGUCCGCUUUCCAAACCCUAGCCGACGACUAUUUUCCCAAACUUGACCUCCGAAAAAACUGCGGUUUUCAACCUAACUGGAUUAGUACUUCAGGUUGUAUGAAUAUAUAUAACAAAACACAGUUUGAACGUAGAAUCCCGCAACUUGCGCUAAACGACGUCGUUUCGGCUUGUAAUCAGUCCUUAUCCGACUCGUCUUCUUGCUCAGCGUGUCUUGACAAGCUUGUUGAUUUACAUGGAAGUUAUUUAAACGCUGAAAGUAACGGAAACUUAACGGAUUGUUUUAUUUUUAUGCCUAUUUAUACGGCGGCGUUUGUUAAUCGGUUUGGGCCAACCGAUAGAGGUACCGCAUCUUGUUUAUUUGGGAUUGAUUUUGUUCCGAAGAAAUCGGAUGAUAAACACAAAGUUAUUGUGAUUGUAAUUGUUGUAGUAUUAGCAUUACUUUUGACCUUAGUUUUUUUGAUAGGAGGAUUGUGGUUUUGUAGGAAGAAAAAAAUUAAGGAAAUGAGACGUAGGAAGCGGAUAAAUGGAAAUGAAAUGAAUCCUGGGCCCACACUGGACGUGAUAUCCGGAAGUAUUGAUUUAGUUAAGUAUACAAUUGCUGAUAUUAAAGAAGCUACUAGGAAUUUUUCGAGAGAGAAUAUAAUAGGGACAGGAGGUUUUGGUAAUGUUUAUAAAGGGGUGUUGCCGGACGAUGGUGUAGUCGCCUUGAAACGCUUUAAGAAUUGUUCGGAAGCAGGUGAUGCUAGUUUUAAGCAUGAGGUUGAAGUGAUUGCAAGUGUUCGGCAUGUGAAUUUGGUUGCGGUGAGAGGGUAUUGUGUUGCGACGACACAGUAUGAGGGUUAUCAACGGAUUAUUGUUUGUGAUUUGGUCAGUAAUGGUAGCUUACAUGAUCAUCUUUUUGGGAUGGGGGUGAGGGGGAGGGUGAAUCUUACCUGGCCUAUACGUAGGAAGAUUGCGUUAGGUAUGGCUAGAGGGUUGGCUUAUUUGCAUUAUGGGGCACAGCCUGCGAUCAUUCAUAGGGAUAUUAAAGCGAGUAAUAUACUUUUGGAUGAGAACUUUGAAGCUAAAGUGGCGGAUUUUGGGUUGGCUAAGUUUGCUCCCGAGGGUGCGACUCAUAUGAGUACUAGGGUGGCUGGUACGAUGGGUUAUGUUGCCCCAGAGUAUGCGUUAUAUGGUCAGUUGACGGAGAGGAGUGAUAUUUAUAGCUUUGGGGUUGUCUUGUUGGAGCUUUUAAGUGGUAAAAAGGCUUUAUUGGAGCUUGAGGAACCGGCACUUUUAGCCGAUCGGGCGUGGUCAAUGGUGCGAAAAGGUACACCUUUAGAAGUUAUUGAUAGUGAAAUGACCGAAUGUGGUUCGCCCGAAAUCAUGGAGAAGUAUGUUUUGGUUGCUGUUCUUUCGUCUCAUCCACAGAUAUAUGCUAGACCCACUAUGGAUCAAGUGUUGAAGAUGUUAGAUAUGGAUUUGCCCGUUCCUUCCAUACCAGAAAGGCCGAUACCGCUUAUAGCUGGACAGGAGGAUAUUGAGAGAUCUGCUGGUAGUGGUGGAUCCGCCACUGUGGUAGAUAUGGACGGACUAUCUACCAUUGUAAAGGAGGAGGAGGACGACGAAGAAGAUGAAAAAGCCCGCCUUUCAAGGGACAGAUAGCAUUUGGUUGAGGUAGAAUAUGAUGACUAUGUUACUUCCCAUUUACAAGAAAUAAUGAGCAAAAGCUUUUAACCAUAGAAAGCCUAGUCUGGAGGCAUUUUGACAGUAAAAGUGACCCAAGCUAAAGAUGAUAUACAUACACAGAUAACAACAUUGUAACAAAGAACUUUACAAUCCAACAUUUGUAUUCUGACCAAAUUAACCCAACCUAGUGGUUUGUUGUAAAACCAACAUUGUAUUUGCUGAACUGAGUCUGGUAAUUGAUGUAGUAUUUCAAUAUGGAAAUGUAAUUGUAGAAUCAGUUUGGUUUGGAUUCUCAUGCUAGUGUCGAUGUAAUUUAUUUUUUUAGUAUU